GGAGGCGGCCAGGGCCAAUCGGAAGUAGCGACGCGACACGUUCUUUUAAAAGGAGGGUGGGCCGGCUAGCAGGUGGCGGAUCGGACUGGUAGUCACAUGAUCGGAGCUGGUGGCGGGCGCCGAGGAGUGAACGAAAAUGAAGAUGAAGCUGUGGUUGACGUUGGUGCUGAUAUUUGGUGUUGCUGUGGUCUUUGCUGAAGAUGAUGACGAUGUUUUGGAAGACGAACUUGAUGAAAGUCCAGUAACAAGUGAGGCUGAGCCAAGUACUCCACCGCCACCUAAGGUCACUUAUAAAGCUCCUGUUCCAAUUGGACGAGUGCACUUUGCAGAAUCAUUUGAUAAAGGCACUUUGGAUGGCUGGGUCCGAUCCAAAGCCAAAAAAGAAGACACUGAUGAAGAUAUUGCAAAAUAUGAUGGAAAGUGGGAAGUGGAAGAUAUGAAGGACACUAAACUCCAUGGGGACAAAGGAUUGGUUCUCAAAACUCGUGCUAAGCAUCACGCGAUUGCUGCUUUGUUGGACCAACCAUUUGUGUUUGAAGAUAAGCCACUUUUUCUUCAGUAUGAAGUGAAUUUUCAGAAUGGAAUUGAAUGUGGUGGAGCAUACAUUAAGUUACUGUCGAAAACCAAAGACCUAACUCUGGAGAAAUUUUAUGACAAAACUCCUUACACCAUCAUGUUUGGCCCAGACAAGUGUGGUGAAGAUUACAAGCUCCAUUUUAUCAUCAGGCAUAAGAACCCGAAAACCGGCGAGUACGAGGAAAAGCAUGCAAAACGUCCUGAUGUGGACCUGAAAAGCUAUUAUACAGACAAGAAGACUCACCUGUACACUCUUGUGCUCAACCCCGACAACUCGUUUCAGGUCCUGAUUGACCAAACUGUUGUUAACAGUGGCAACCUACUAGAAGACAUGACUCCACCUAUUAAUCCACCAAAAGAGAUUGAAGAUCCUAAUGAUCAGAAGCCCGAAGACUGGGAUGAGAGACCAAAAAUUUCUGACCCUGAUGCAGUCAAACCUGAUGAUUGGGAUGAAGAUGCUCCUGCUAAGAUUCCCGAUGACAGUGCUGUGAAGCCGGAAGGCUGGCUUGAUGAUGAGCCCGAGUACAUUGCUGAUCCUGAUGCUGAAAAACCAGAGGACUGGGAUGAAGAAAUGGAUGGAGAAUGGGAGGCUCCUCAAAUAGCCAAUCCAAAAUGUGAAUUGGCUCCUGGGUGUGGUACAUGGAAGUUGCCGAUGAUCGAUAACCCAGAUUACAAGGGAAAAUGGAAAGCUCCAAUGAUUGAUAACCCUAAUUACCAGGGUAUCUGGAAACCAAAGAAGAUUCCCAAUCCCAACUACUUUGAGGAUCUGCAUCCAUUCAAGAUGACCACCUUCAGCGCUAUUGGCUUGGAGCUCUGGUCAAUGACGUCUGACAUCUUCUUUGACAAUUUUAUAAUCUGCUCUGACAGGGCAGUGGUUGACCAGUGGGCUUAUGAUGGUUGGGGUCUGAAGAAAACAGCAGAGGGUACUGCUGAGUCAGGAGUAGUUGGACAGCUGAUGUCAGCAGCUGAAGAGCGCCCAUGGCUUUGGAUUAUAUACAUCCUGAUCAUUGCCUUGCCCGUGUUCCUGGUUAUUGUAUUCUGCUGUACGGGAAAGAAAGAUGCUGCCGCAGAGUACAAAAAGACUGAUGCUCCACAACCUGAUGUAAAGGAUGAAGAGGGAGAGGAGAAAGAAGAGCAGAAGGAGGAAGAAGAGAAAAAUGAUACAGAAGAAGAAAAGAUAACUGAAGAAAAGCAGAAUAAUGAUACCGAGGAUGCUGUGGAAAACGCUAGCCAGGAUGAGGAUGAGGAGGAGCAGAAGGGGACAAGGGAGAAGCCAAGCGCAGAGCAUGAUGAUGAAAAGAUGGACAGUGCCAAUGCAGAGCCACGGAAUGACUGAGAUGUUACUGUCAUAAUAUCAUUUGGGCAUGACUUUGGAUAUCAAAGGCGAGACCAUCAUUUCUGGGACUUGAGAGCUGAACUACUUACAGGAUUUCAUGAAGAAAAAAAUACGUGCAACAAUAAAAACCAUACUGACCAAACACUAGGUAGACCAGGUUAUUGUAUGUGUUCAGUGAGGGCUGAAAUCUGAAUUGAAAUGUGCUUUAUGUAUACAUGAUGGUAGAAACAAAUUCCUGCUUAUUUACAGUCUAAAAACUACUACGUUUGUUAAAUUCCUGGUAAUCGUCAAUUAGAUUUCAGGCUUGCUAAAUUUUAGAAAUGUUUGUUCAGGUCUUUGCCCUACUGCAAAAAGCCAGCCCAGAGGAUGGAAUGAGUGGGGUGUGUGGGCAAUCUACUGGUACUCUAUAUAAUGUUACUAGCUUUAACUGCAGUCAAUGUUGCAUUUGCAUUGACCACUUUUGCAAAAAGUCCUAAAAUGAAAUCCUGUUAAUUCCAACAGAAAUGCUUCCUAGUCUUGUGUCCUGAUAAUAUCUGGAAUAGGGAGGUUAAUGUGGGUUGAGUCCAUUUCCAUUACACAUCCUAAUCAGUCUUGAACUUGUUCCUGCAUUAUCCUUAUCGGAGCAGUUAGCAGAAGCUUAACAUGCCAGCUUUAUUGACCUGUGCCAGCCUUUCCAUCAGCUCCUCGUCAAGCCAACUCCCUCACUUCCUCAUCAUGAAAAUGUAGGAGGAAGAAUAUGCAUCUCCCCAAUCUGAAACCAGUACUGUUAUCGUACUGUUUUGAUCUAUUGUCACACCGCCCUUUUCCCUCCAUGUCCACUUUGCCCUCUUUCCUUUCAGAGUUAUAAAGAUUUUAGAUCUUUAAAUCUAUCUGAGGUGGGAGGGAAUGGGGGUUAGCUAGAAAGUUAAACAAUCCCACAGAAAAGCAUUGAACAGUAUUAAUUUUAUAAUACAUAUGAACAUGGCUAAGCAUGCACAGAUAAACACUGUCUUUUCAUUGUGGAAUUUGGUUUGUCUGUAUCACACCAUUAUGUACUGCUUGAUAAAAGUAAUGACUACCUAGAUGAUUAGAAGAUAAUUAACAUAAAAAUAAUCCAACACCUCAUGGUGCCAGUGUGGUGUAACAUUUGUAUUUUAAGACUCUUGGUGACAGUCCCACCUGAGCUACUGUACUUGUUCCUUUUCCUCUCCCUUAAUAUGUAAUUCACUUUCAAAACUGCUCUUUGUCAGUUUUUUGCACAGUAUCUUGGAGGCAUACUGAUGAAAUCCUUUAGUAGGGGAAGAAAGGGUAUGUUGACAUAAAUUAGACCAAUAUACCUCACUCCUGGGUGAAAUUUUCAGGCACAUCUAAUGAUAGCAAGCACAUAGUAAUACCAGUUUAUAUCAGGAAAUAUUCAUUGUGUAUGUACAUAUCUCUAUUCCAAUUCCCAGUCCCUCUUGCUGAGUUACAAGAGCAGUGUGGUUUUUGCUCUCAAGCUUUUCCUGCUAACCAUAUUCUACUGCACUGAAUUGUCCAUUUUUCUUUUUUUGCUGUUGCCAUUUGAAAUUCAUUGAAGGGAUCUAA